GUAAUAAUUGUGGUGCUCGCAAGUAAAAAAUUAUGUGUCAAAGUGUAGGGCAAUAGAAGGGACGAUGAAUUAUUACUUUAUAUUCAUUAUUUGAUAUUGAAGUAUAUUGUAAACACGAUAAUCCAUAACUUUAGUUAAAUUUUAUAUGUGUCAUGUCCGAUCGGAGACGCAAGUCUUGUUAGGGCGUGUAAUCCAGAUCGACACAUCUGGUGAUCCUUUCCAUUACCAAUUGGCUGCCUUUCUCGCUAAUUGGCAAUUUAUUUAGUGUUGUUAAACAUUUAACAUCAAUUCCAGCAUUCCUUUAUCCGCUAAAAACAUCCUAUAGUCCCAUUCUCGUUAAAUUAUUUGUUUGUCAUACAUACAUCUAUUUAGUAGCAUGUGAAAUUGUGAGUCUGCGAAUAUUUUUCAAGUAUUGUGACCGUAUGUACAUAUUUAACAGUUCUGUGUCUGUUAGCGAUAGUCAGCUCGGUGUUGUGAUGUGUUUAUCAAGUAAUUAUACAAUAUUAUAUUACUGUAUACCAACUGUGUGAUAAGAUUGCUAAAAUGGCAAAAAAGUCGGAAAAUACCGGCGGGAAAUUGGUGACGGUGUCUGUGGUCGGGCUGUCUGGUACGGAGAAGGAGAAAGGCCAGCUGGGCGUCGGCAAGUCGUGCCUCUGCAACAGAUUCGUUCGCACGCACGCCGACGAUUACAACGUGGACCAUAUCUGCGUGUUGAGUCAGUCUGACUUCAGCGGGCGCGUGGUCAACAACGACCACUUCCUGUACUGGGGCAGCGUGCAGAAGGACAACGACGAGCAGGAGUACAGGUUCGAGCUGGUGGAACAGACGGAGUUCGUCGACGAUGCGUGCUUCCAGCCAUUCAAAGUUGGCAAAACGGAACCAUACGUGAAGCGAUGCGUGGCGACGAAACUCCAGUCCGCCGAGAAGUUGAUGUACAUCUGCAAGAACCAGCUGGGGAUAGAGAAGGAGUACGAGCAGAAGCUGAUGCCUGACGGAAAGCUGACGGUGGACGGGUUCCUAUGCGUGUACGAUGUCAGCCUGGUGCCUGGCAGGACUUGGGAGAAGCAGAACGAAAUAAUAGCGACGAUCCUGCAGAACAUCCUGAAGCUGAAGAAGCCCGUGGUGCUGGUGACCACCAAGAACGACGAGGCCAGCGAGCUCGGCGUGCGCGAGGCCGAGCGCCUCGUGCAGCGCAAGGAGUUCAAGGGCUGCAUCCCGCUCGUCGAGACCUCCAGCCACGACAACGUCAACGUCGACCACGCCUUCUUCCUGCUGGCGCAGAUGGUCGACAAGUCCAAGGCCAGGAUCAAGGUGGCGAACUAUGCCGAAGCGCUGCGCAUACGCCGCGAGACGCUCGACUUCGUCACCGAGGCUUUCACACAACUCAUCAGGAUCCACGUCGAGGAUCACAAAGAGAUGUGGUCCGCGGCGAGUAAGAGGCUGUGCCACUACCCGGAAUGGAUUAAGUUCGUUCAGCAGUUUGGAAAUGAUGGGACUCAGGUUGUGUUUCGUCGUCACAUCAGGCGGUUGAAGGAGGAGAGGUCUGCCAAGAAGCUUCGCAAGCAGUUGGCCAAGCUGCCUCAGGUGUUGUCCAGGCUGCAGCUGCCCACCGAAGAUCUGCAGGAGAAUGACUGGCCCAUGGUGGUCCGGCAGCUACGCUCCCACCGUGACUUCUCGGUGUACUUCAGCGAGGGACGAAACACGGAAUCGUGUUCGGAAUCUGGAUCAGAGCUGGACAGCCCUUUGGCCAUCGACACCACGCUCAGGGUCGGAGAGCGGGCCAGGUAUCAGACGUUGGGUCAGUCACAGAAGAUUCCGUACGAGAUAUUGGAGACGAAUGAGGCGGCGGCGGUGUUUAAGACGUUUCUGCAUGAGGCUCAAGAGGAACAGAGGAAUUACGAAUGGUGCCAGCAGUUCAAGCGGCUGCUGGAGGAGACGGGGUACGUGACGCCGGGCAAGCAGCUGUCCGAGGUGCGCGUGCUGCUCAUGGGCCGCGAGUGCUACGAGGCGCUCUCCGACGACCAGCAGCAGCGCGUGUACGACACGCACCAGCGCCACAUACAGCGCCGCGCCAAGCACAACUUCCAGGAACUACUCUUGGAGCAUGCGGACCUGUUCUAUCACUUCAAGAGCAUAUCGCCGACCGGCACCAUUACCCAGGAGGACAUCAAGGAAAUUACUGACGUACUCCAGGAUGAUUUUAGGUACAAGAUGCUGGACCGCAUGGAGCAGGACCGCAAGCUGAUGCUGUUCCAGCACCUCGGGUUCGUGCACUGCCCCAUGCGCGAGCACUGCCCCGCCGCCGCCAACUGCCUCGACGCCACGCUGCCCGUCAUACUCAACACUAGAGUCGGGUCACUGACAUCUACCGGCGAGUCCCAGUGUCACGCGGGACCCCCGGCCGCGCCGUGGGCUCUCACUACUGACUCCAACCAGAUCAACGUCAUCAUAUUGGGUGCGGAGGGCGUGGCGGGCGAGUUCGGCAAGCGGCUGGUGGCGGGCUGCGACGCCGAGCGGCGCGUGGCGGCGGGCGGCGUGGCGUGGCGCCUCGACACGCGCGUGCGCGACCACCACCUCGCGACGGACGCCGACGCCGGCGACGACUUCGCGCCCAACGGAUAUUUCUGCGUGUAUCAAGAUCAAGAAUCAUUCGAGUACAUCAGAGGAUGCGCUGAGAAGACUCUUCUCUCAAGUCUGGAGCAAGAGGACAAACUGCCGUUUCAAGGAUUACCGCUGGUAGUAAUGUUCGUACAAGACGAUGGAAUGGAUAAGAAAGAAAUGACGAGAUUGCAAGAGGAAGGACAAAAUCUAGCCGAUAACCUGCACUGCUCGUACAUGGAGGCGUCGGUGACGGAGCUGGGCACGGAGGCGCUGACGGCGGACGCGGUGCAGGAGCUCGUGCGCGCCAACCGCGACAAGGCCAGCUACGCGCAUCUCUACCGGGACGUCAUCGUCUGCUUCGACUCCGACAUACGAAUAAUGGUGUGCAUGUUCUGCGACGAUCCGUAUUCGCCGGAGAGAGUGCUGAGCCCUCUGUUGCUUCACCGGAACUGUUUUCUCACUGGCGAUAGAUCCAUCGUCAUCGAGACCUUCCUCGGCGACUCCAAGCGGAAGGUCGAGGUGAUAAUAUCGAGUUUCCACGGUGCUACUCAGUUCAGGGAGGAGUUGAUCCACGGCUUCAUUCUGAUUUACUCCGCUAAGAGGAAAGCCAGUUUGGCGACAUUGAACGCGUUCUCGAUGAACAUACCGAACCUGCCGAUCCAGAUGGUUGCGGUGACGGAGGGUGGAGGCUCCGCGGCGACCGCGUUCUUCGGCACCGACGUGGGCCACGCGCUCCUCACCGAGGGCAACGCCACCGCCGACCGACUCGGCGCACACUUCGCCACGUACUCCGACAGGCCUGAGACUAAGUCGGCGUUCUACACGCCGUUCUUCAAGGAGGUGUGGGAGCGCAAGGGCGAGAUAGAGCGCGCGUUCCGCAUGGAGGCGCCGCACGCGCGCGCGCUGCACGCGCUGCACGCGCACGCGCCGCACGCGCCGCACGCCGCGCACAACCUGCCCGACGUGGCCGCCGCGCGCCCGCAGCCGCCGCCCCGCGACCACUCCUACAGGCUCAACAACAUGAGAGAUCAUAAGCUAACGAAUUCUUUGGAUCUGCUGAUCGGCCCUGACUCUCGAGCUGACAUCGAUUCGGAGUACAGCGACACACUAAACAAUUCUAAGAAUAGAGGAUUUUUGAAAGGGUUCAGCGUGUACCCGCCGCCGAGCACGCCGCCAGAGCCGGCGCCGCCCGACCACAGGAUGCAUGCCGAUUUGUCACACGGCGGUUGCGCCUGGCCGGCGGGCGGGGCGGGCGGGGCGGGCGGCGCGGGCGGCGCGUACGCAGCGCGCGCGUUCACGACGGGCCGCGCGCGGCCGCACCCGCACCACCACCGGCCCAGGCACUCGCAGACGCUCAAGCAACCUGGCAAACUCGACAUGAACAACUACACGAUGGUGAGCGACGCGCUCCAACACAUCACCAUCGGACCGCCGCCACACUCCAGAGAUAGAAAGUCUCAGCGGUCCGGCUGGUCACACUCGAGUAGCCAGCAGAGUGGUCACCAUCACCAUCCUUCGGGAGUCAGCUCCGAAACUGAACUGGACGUGCAAUACGCUCAGAUUAAAGAAACCAACGAGUACAUGGAAGCGCCUUCGAUGACCAGGCUCAGGAGGCAUAGAAGACACGAGAAGACGCCCCUACAUCAACCAUCCUUCUCGGAGACUGACAGUUCUGGGUCGAGCGAGGCGUCGGGCGGCGCGGGCGCGGCGGCCAGCGCGGGCGGCGCCGGCGCAGGCGCGCGCGCCCCGCGCCGCCGGCACCCGCACCACGCGCCCCGACACUACAAGAAACGGUCGUUAGGCAACUUAGUAGCAGUUCAGAGUCCCAGAGUGCCAAAACUGGGAAUGUUCGUCGGACCACCGGAGCUACCCACUGGAUACAGAGCGAGAACGCAAGAGGACAAAGCGGCAAGUGAGUCCAGUGAGGGCAGUUCCGACGGCGAGUCCCGGAGGCCGCGACCUCUGCCACCGCCGCCGCACCACGAGCCUACGCAUAAGAUGCUAUCGGGCGAGUAUCCAUCGUCAGCGCAAGACAACUCGUCGUCCAGCGCCGCCGACACGCGCCGUCGGCAGCAUCCCUUCAGCAAGCACGACAGGAGGCAUAAGGAGUUUUCCAAAAGCAAAGAUUCCAAAAAGAACUCGGCGCAGUUGCCGAACACGACGUCGCAUACAAACUGGGGACCUCAGGGCGCCCACGGCGUGCCGCUGUUCGUGGAGAAGUGCGUGGAGUUCAUCGAGCGCGAGGGCCUCGGCUCGGAGGGGCUGUACCGCGUGCCCGGCAACCGCGCGCACGUCGACAUGCUCUUCAACAAGUUCUAUGAAGAUCCUAACAUAGAUUUAGACUCGCUAGACAUCCCAGUGAACGCGGUGGCGACCGCGCUCAAAGACUUCUUCUCUAAGAAACUGCCACCACUGCUCGACGAGGCUAGUAUGGCACAGCUGGAAGAUAUCGCCACGAUGCGCGGCUGCAUCGCGGGCGGCGUGGAGCUGAAGGACCGCAGCUGGCGGCUGCUGGCGCUGCGCGCGCUGCUGCACACCGCGCUCACGCCGCUCGCGCGCACCACGCUCGACUACCUGCUGCACCACUUCGCGCGAGUGGCGGACAACUCAAAAUUGAACUCAAUGGACAGCAAGAACCUGGCGAUAUGCUGGUGGCCGACGCUUCUGCCGGUCCAGUUCUCUGACAUGGGCCGGUUCGAGAUGACGCGGCCGUACCUCGAGGACAUCGUUCAGACGAUGAUCGACCAGCAUCCGUUCCUCUUCCGCGGCCAGGAGGCGUUUGUCAUGGUGUGAGGGCAGUGUGAACCCACAAUGCAGGUUGCAUUCGUGAUGAACGACGUUUGACGUCAGCUAUUAGUGACGUCACGACGUGGCGCCCGCGUCCCGACGCCACUGAGCUCACACGACACGUCACCUUGCCCACAUCGACUCGCGCGAUAGCUCGGCGUGUCCCCUCACUAUUAUCCACCGCGCCAAACUAUCGACACUCGAUAAAACUAACGAUAUUUGUCGAUAAACGCACAAGUUUCGUUUCAUCUUCGUCGCCAACUAUCGGCAAGCUAUUGUUGUUUAAUGUAGGGUUUUUAAUAUAAAAAUACAUUGUCGAUAUUUCGGUAACGUUUGUGACGGACGACUUUUAUUUUUACAUGCGUUUUUCAUAUCAAUAUGCUUAGUGUAACGCUAUUGUUACGGAAUGCUUGCAUUUUGAUGUUUUUCAAAGCUUUUAUUUUUUUUUAAUUAAUGUAUUUUUUUUGUAUUUUUUUAUUUUUUAUUUAUUCAAUGUUCUAAAUUUUGAGUCAGUAUUUAUCUAGGUGUUUAUUGAAAUUAGUGGUUUUCAAUCGAUUACGAGUGAUCGUAUUUAUAUAAUCGAUUUGAAAUUGCCAUUUGAAGUUGUAUCGCAUUUGUAAUAGGGUUAAGGUUGGAAAUUCGUGCACAAAAAAAAAAACGGAAGCAACAAAAGGUUUUUAAAAUUAAGUAUUAUCGGGUAUAUGACGAUAACGUUUAUAUUUGUAUUAAUCAAAUUAUUGGCAACACCACGUAAAGAGCACAUUCCGUUCAGUCGAAAGUAAUUAUGAAAUAAUUGUUAAUAAUAAUGUUUAAAAUAGUGAUGUACGUGUAAUCAUCGGUUGAAACGAUUUGUGUGAAUCGAUCGGUCGGCUUGGAGCGGGAAGAGAAUGAAAGUGGAUUUUUUCCACAACAUUUCAAUGCUUCUUAUCUUUUAUACAAAGAGUUAUGAAACUAAUUUCUUUAGUUUGCAAACAAAGCGUAGGCUAUAUAUCUACUAUUUAUAUUUAGUUGGGCUUAUUAUAUCGCCUCAUUUGACAAAUAUUACUAUACAAGAAUUUAAUACCAAAUGCUUAAGGAUACAACUGUCUUACACAGCAAUUACAUUGUUAAAAAGUCCUUAACUAUAAAGACAUAGAGCAUAUAUUUCAAAUUCAUCCAGACAUAUAUAUAUUUGUUAAUAAUGCUCUACAUUUUUUGUUCACGCAUUCACUUUCAAUCUCGUCAUAUCACAUUAGAUAAUUAAGUCUCAAAUUGACAUUCCAUAUACGAUUAUAACAUCGAAAUAUGCUGUCCUGUAUUUUCAAGUGUGGAUUGAAAGAGACAACAAUCCGUUUCAAGUCGACUAAUAGUUAAGAGUUUGAUGUUAUGAAAUGCUUGCGUGCGUUUUUAAUGUAUUUAUUAUUAAAUAAUUGCGAUGUGUAAAUUGUUUUAUAUUUUGUUCCGUCACGGUUAGUGUUUAGAUGUUGAUCUUGCCGUUUGAUCUUAUGAUUUUGUGCUAACAAUUUGUGUAUGUUAACUGUGGUUUGGUAUUUUUGAUGACAGUCGAAAUCGGUGAUGAGUUAAAAGUUACUGGUAGACAUUUAGUUAGUCCAAACUUUUAUUUUUAUAGUUCACUGUAAAUUUUUUAUAGUGUUUGGAGUGUUAAUUUUUUUUUGCCGAAUAGUGCAGCUCAAUAAUAAGGCAUAUUUAUCGAAUAUAGUCUUAUGGAUAGUCGAUAAUUUUGUCUAUGUAUUACCUCCUUACUUUAAAGUUAGCGACAGCUAUAUAAAUGUAUUUUCAUAAUUACUUAUUAAUCGAUGUGCUCACAUUACUAUCGAUGUAUCGAUGACCGAUAUCGAUUGUCAUCCAACAAUAUAAUGGCAUGUUUUGCACUGGAGACUGAUUACACGUUUAGUUCCUCGGUUCGAAUCAUCGUUUUGACGCUUCGUUGAUCCAAAUACGCACGCAAAUAUGACUCCAAUCUGAUUCGGUUACUUUCACUUGAUAUCAGCUUAUUAGAUUAAUUUUUAUAUUAGUACGUAAAAUUCGUUGCUAUAAUGAUGUGGCUUGGCUCAUAGUAUUUAUACAAGAUAUUGGACUCAAAGCUUACAAGCUAAAUAAAAUUCAUUAUUAUUAUUUCGGAAGGAAUAAUCUAUUAUUAAAAUUUAAAAUUGAUUAUCAUUUAUUUCAAAGGUAAAGUUGCAGUAGAACAAUGUAUAUUUUACGUAAUUUCUAAUGAUAAUAAAUAUGUUAAACAAUAUCCCGGUGAGCCAAAUUGGUAAAACUUAAUUAUUUUUAAAUAAAUCAAAUGAAAGUAACCGAAUGACAUUACCAAUGGCCUAUUUUGUAUAUUUAAGUGUUUAUGGGUAGACUGAUGUAGCGUGUAUGUAAUAUUAUAAUUUCUAUCACAAUUUUCUUAAUUAGACGCUAUGAUUUAUUAACCAAAUUGAUUGUUUCCCUCGGCUAUACUUCUAAAGGUUGGGAAAAGUUCGAAUUAAUGAUCGAUAAGGCAGAAAUAUCCCGACUUGUUUCUAUAAUCUAUAGUUCUGCAUAUUUUCAAGUAGUCAUAAUUUCUAUAUUUCUUUUUUUUAUAUUUUUGAAUAAAAUCUUAAAGUCCAUUAACAUAAGGCCUUCUGCAUAAUUGAUAACUUUCUGCUUAAUUCUUAGCUAAAAGGAACGUAGUUAGUCGUAAAACGACUAUAAUUUCAAGGAAUGUUCGCUUUUUUUUAUCACUUGGGGUAUUUCUGUAUGGAUUUUUAUCGACUUUUGAAAAUCACGCUAAGCGUAGAUUUGCGAGGGCAGGGGCUGGUAUAAAAUAUAAUAUGAAUUAACAAGAAGCCGAGGCGAAUAUAGCACGUUUAUAUUUUUUAUAUUUAUUAUUUUAACAUAGUAGUUAUAAUUAUUAUCGUGAGUAUAAGUACAUUGUAGUGCUUUAUUUUUGUUGCCAAAAAACGUGCAAUGUAACGAUCCUGUUAUCACCGAUAUUUCCAUUAUUUCACACGAUAUUAGCAGAACGCGAGUUUCUCUAUGUGUAAGCAUUGCAAGUAAUGAAAUCUGUGUAACUAUUUAAUAAGUAUAUUUAAUAUAUUAGGUGUUUCCAUUAAGCGUAGGCUGUAAGGUAUUUAUUAAGUUUUUAUCGAUAUGAUAAUGUCAUUAUAUCAUUGUCCCUUUCACGCAACCGCUCCGCUUGUACCGCCGGCGUGCGUGCGUGAAAGGGAUGCAAAUAUCAAGUCCAUUAGGGGAAUGAUGUGAUGGAAUUUUUUAUAUUUUACUAUGAAUCGAAAAAGACAUAGAGCCUACCUGUGUUUCAAUUUUAUUUUUCUAUUAAUAUUCGCUUUUCUUGUCGAUCUCACGGGUGUGUGUAAUUAUUAUUUUAGUCCAAAUACCUUCCCCUAAUGUUUUUCGAAAAUGCAAUUUCUAUAUACAUAUUCGAUGUAAAUAUUGUACAUUAAUUCAUUUAUUUCGCUUUACCUAAUUUAUUUAUUGAUAUAUUUUUUAUCGAAGAGUUUUAAAGCCAUAUUUUUGUUACUGUAUGCAAUAUAAUUUUUGUCGAGUGUUUUUUUUUUUGUAAUAAUUAUUUUUUUCUAUGCACAUUAUAUUCUCGUUUUACUUAAUCGAUGUGCCAUUUGUGUUGGAAACGUGCGGUGAUUUCGGUGAUUCCUAAAAAUUGUAUUUUUCGAAACGUUGCGUUAAUUUUUUUUUUAUGUUUCUCAUUCGAAAUUCUUUCUUGUAGGUUCUCGAAUGUUCUAAAGUAGGAUCGGUGUACGCUUGGCCGGGCGGGGCGCCGUUUGUUGCCGUCGGCUGUACCUUGUUGUUAGAUAUCGGGGUGUCGUGAGUGCUUAGUAAACGUGAUCUGUUAUUGAGUGUUCGCGUAUUUUUGCCUUUAUCGUAAGGUGUUAUGUCGGAUGGUGUUUAAGGGCGCGGUCUGCAUAAAAUAAACUACCCAAAUGUCUUAUGACUUAAGGCAUAAGGUACAUUUUGAAUAAUUAAAUUUAUUCGCCUUUCAAUUUAUGAAAAUUAAGUCGUUAAGAGAUGAUCCGUCAUUACAAAAGUAUGAAAGUAAUGGUUUCUUUGAGCCAACGAUUUGACUAAUACUCGAGCUAAUUUCAAAUAUCAUUAUGGGUAUUCUUUGUCACACGGUAUUACAGUGUGUUAUAAGCAUCGAAUCACAUCGUUUUUCGGCAUAUAGAAUCCCAUUCCAUGGUAAUUUUACGAAGGUAAUACGGUUGUGUUACGAGAUUACACUGACAGAGAUUAAGGCCCUAGGACGUUUUAAAAAGAUCUUUUGAGAUUAUGUUCGAGAGAUUUUCCAUAUAUUUUUUGGAAAAAACAAUGAUUUCAAGGGUUUCCAAAAAUUUUGAAUUUCUUAAUAGGCAUGAAUAUGCUAGAAGGCAAAACCUAGUCUAAAAUCAGAUACAGACAAGAAAAUGUAUUGAAUUUGAUUCAUUAAUGAAACAAUCAAAUAACAAAAUGGAAUAUUAGAAAUUGUUUAUUUAUUAUAAGUUUAGUUUUUGAAGACUUAGAAUCGACAUAGACUUCACAGGUAGCCAAUUGAUAUAUUUCUCAAGAAAUUAAGUUUUACAAAGGAUUUUUAUUAAAAACGAACUAAUCAAAUGUAUAAUAAAAUUAUGAAACGCGCAUUCGUAUGAAAACGCUAUUCUUAUGAAGUCGCUACGCUUAUGAAACCGCUCGUUCAGACCGCGCCGUGUAAUUAGUAGAGUGAUCAAUGUUGUGAUAAUUAAGAAUGCAGGCACCCGACGGCGCUCCGGCCGGCAAAACAAUUUUGCUAUGCGUCUCAAUUAAUGUAAAACACAGUUCAAAGGAAUGUGUCAUAUUUUAUAAUAAAUAACCAUCUAUGUAAUGA